CAGGAUACCUGCUCGGGGCCGGGCGGGAACCGUCGCGGGGCGGCUGAAGAAGCUUGGGGCGGCGGUCGACAUGUUCCAGGGCGUGGAUGGCCAGGCUGACCCGGCAGGCUCCAGGGCCAUGAAACCCCCAGGAGGAGAAUCUAGCAAUCUUUUUGGAAGUCUGGAAGAAGCUGUUCCUUCAAACAGGCCUAAUAGGAUGGCAUCUAAUAUUUUUGGACCAACUGAAGAACCUCAGAACAUACCCAAGAGGACAAAUCCCCCAGGAGGGAAAGGAAGUGGAAUCUUUGAUGAAUCAACUCCUGUGCAGACCCGACAACGCCUGAACCCACCUGGUGGGAAGACUAGUGACAUUUUUGGUUCCCCAGUCACUGCAACUUUACCCUUGGCACACCCAAACAAACCCAAGGACCACGUUCUUUUGUGUGAAGGAGAAGACCCAAAAUCAGACCUUAAAGUUGCAACAAGCACAUCACAACAAGAAGAGCUGGGGACAAAGGGCAGCUUGAGAGAAGUGGACCACACCAAGAAGCCGGAGCCUAUGCCUACAGUCGACAACCAUGAGCCCAGGCUGGGGCCACGGCCUCGUUCUCAUAACAAGGUCCUGAACCCACCUGGAGGCAAAUCCAGCAUUUCCUUCUACUGAGAGGCUCCUUAUAGCCAGACCAGAAACUUGAGAUAGGGUAUCAGAUGUUAACAUCUUCUUUAACCCAAAAGAAUGGGGUGGGAGGGUUUUUGUGUGUAUGAGGCUGGCUGCUCAGUGCUUUCCUGUGCUCCUGAGAGGUGCACUGAGAUCCAUGCCUUCCUGACUGUUGAGAAACAGUGGGACUCCCUUGGGGUUUACCCAUUUGUUGUUGCUGAUGGAGCAGAACUCUAGGAUGUGUGAGGGCGAGAAGAUGGUGCAGGGCAACGGGUGGCUUGUCAGAUUUUCCCUGUUCUUGCAUCAGUGUUCUGCGGACUGGGCAUCUUAAAAGCUUUUGAAAGAAAACCCUGACAGCCUGUCUUAUUUCUAUGGGACAGAGGAAGUAAGCAUGAGCAGAAACACUAAGAAGGCAGUGGGAGUCUGUGCACGCCCUUUAGAUCCUAAUGCUAGUUACCUGUCACCAGUAUGGUUCUCACUUCUGAGAUUACUGUUGAACCCCAAUGUCUCCUUUUCAUUUUAUACCCAUUGUAUUGUCCUGCAGUCUUGGUUGCUGUUCCUCAGCAGCAAACAAAACUGAGCAAUUGUCUUUAGUCUGGUUCUUUACAGAAGGUAUUUGUGCCCUGAUCCUCUGAGUUUCCUGGUUCUUACAUCUAAUUCCCUGGCCAGCUGUCAUGCAGCUGCUUGCCUUUCUCUACAGGGACUUACUGUGGUCCUUGACAUGCCAGGUUUGCUUGUGUUCCGUUUUUUUCCUCUCAUCAGCCUUAAGACUAGGCCUUUUUCCUCAUUGAUGAUGUAGAGUUUCCUUGCCAAGCCACAGCUCUUCCUACAUUUGAGGUCUGCUGGCCUCUACAGGGCUUAAAAUCUGCCUUGUUACAUCUGAACACUGGGCGCUUAUUCGAA